CAAAAAAUACCUAUAUAAACCGUGAGUUGCAUGCGUUUUAUAUUGAAGUGUUUCUCCAGAAUCAAAAUGAGGUUUAUAUUUGCUCUAAUCUUCAUGGCAGCUCUUAUGCUUACAAGGCAGGAGGUGUCGGCUCAAGGAGGAGGUGGAGGGGGACAAGGUGGAGGUGGCGCUGGAGGACAGGCCGGUUUGGGGGCCGGAUUUGGAUUCAACGCAGGCGCUGGAGCUGACAUUGGUGCUGGAGCUGGAGGUGGCGGUGGAGCUGGUAGAAAAUAAAUAAUAGGAAAUUUGGAUACUGUGAAAUAAAAGCACUAACGUAAA